AUGUACUAACAGAGAUUUGCAACAUCUAAUAAAAUUUAAUAAAAAACAUUAUAGGAAUAUGAUAUAAAACCUGUGAAGAAUCCAGUUAAUCAAGGAAAUCAAAAUAUUCAAUAAGUUUAAUAAAUUUAUAAUCUUUAACAAAGAAAUACAAGAGGAAUGUAAAUUGAAGAUGUGGAAAAGGGAAUUUAAAUUAAGAUGUUUUAAAACUCUACUAAAUCAAAUUUAGAUUAAAGAUCUUCAUCAUAGCAAUCUAAAUAAGAUCUUUCUCUUUAAAAAAGAUUGUUUUCAGGUUUAGAGUUAGAUUAAUCUUUUUCUAAAAUAAACUCAACUACAUAUUAAGAACAAGAGAGAAGUCCAAAAAAUAAAAGCGAUAUAAUCUAAAUAAAACUUUUAAAACCAAUAGAUCAAAAAUUCUUGAACUUUAUUCGAGAAUAUGGCUAUGUAAUAGGGGAUUUAUCUCAUGAUCACUAAUCUUCAUUUACAGUAAGCACUACGGAACGUUCCAGGUUACUUUCAAAUGAAAGAUAAGUAGUUUUUAGUAAUUCUCCUCCACCUUCAAAAAGUAUAAAUUAUUUUAAUUCUUUAUAGCUUUUCGAACGAAACUAUUCAACCAUGCUAAUUGA